CGACGCUGAUCUUGUUCCGGUAGAGCGGUUGGUGCCCAGUAGUUUUGGAAGUAAGCGCGUUGUUGACGUUCUAGUCGUUCAAAAGCGCAUCGGUAGAGAACUGUCACUUCUUGAUGAAGCCCAACGUGCUCGUCAGGAAGGCGAUUUUACUAGCAUGAUUCUACGACAGAGCAACGGCACGGUUGUUUUAGUCGAGGAUGCAGUUGGACACGACGCCGUGAUGCAAAAACAAGGACGUGGUGGUCAUGGUCUACUUGACUUCUCCCAUCUCCUAGAACAAGUGGAGUUCACGCCUCUGACAGAGAUGCAGUUUGUUGUUGGUGCAAGUGGACGAGACGGAAAUACAAGAAUUCCCUACUUCAUUUCUGCGAUUACUGGAAGAGUUUUGUCUGCGACAGCUGUUGGCCCGAACUUGAAGCCACAUCCACAGAGGAAAAGCGAAUGGAUCUACAAGCUCGACGCUGUAGAGGUCGUCGGAGCUCCGGAACAGGAGACAUUUAUUACUCUCCGUCCCGGUGACUGGGUAUUCGCGCGUCCUGAUGGGGACAUCGUAUUUCCUCAAAAUAUUCGCACUUCGUGGUCGCUCUCGCUCCUGUCGGUUGCAGGUUCUAAAAAAUCGUCUGUGUCAGCAGAAACAAACCGCCUUCAAGUUGUCGACCACCCUUCCACUCCUUCAACUCAUCUGACGGACAUGCUACAACGUGCGGAGGCCACAAUUACCGUUGUUGGGCCGCGUUCUAAAUGCUUCUCCUCCGCCACUGCGGAACUCGCUAUCUUCGAGAUAUCACAACUAGCUUUAGUGGUAGACGAUCCGUCUAAAAGUAGCAGCUCGUCUUGGUGGGCGGUUUAUAGCGCAAAUGACAACGGGGCAUCGACUUGUGUUGAUGCCGCACCUUCUGAUUGGACAAGGUUGUUCGUAGACCAGGUUCUGAGUUUUCGCCGUGCACUGUUCUUUUACGACAGCUUCAGAAAUGAAAUUGUCCCGCUUAGGUUGGAAACUGUUGAAGAGCGAGCGACAUCGACAGGAAAGAAGGCAGAUUAUGUAGGUAGUGGUCAGUUUGAAACAGUGGUUGCCGAUGACUCGACUCUGACUGCACUUCUUGCAAAACACGGAAACAGGAGCCGCGCAACGACUUCUACUAAAAACCAGGCAGCAAACCCGCCAGCAAGAAAGGUAGAAGGACCUACUCGUCGCCACAUCGAAGCAGCAUACCAAUACUUGCAAACGUGUUUUGGUGCUGAGAAAUGGAAGCCAUUUGCUGUUGAGGAGAAUGCUCAAGUCAUAGAGCGUAGGGAUCUAGAACUUUGCGCAGGUCACGCCAGUAACUACGUAGAGGACGUGGAUAUUGAUGUAGCACUAGCUAGCCGAGAACUACC